CGCUGUGCAUCGAACUUAUCUACGAUGUCGUACGAUGUGAUAAUCCUAGUCGAAACGUGGUUGAAUAAAAGUAUAAAUAAUGCUGAACUUGGUUUGGACCGGUAUAAUGUAUUUCGUUGUGACAGAGAGAGCGCUUCGAGUGAUUGCGUCAGAGGAGGUGGCGUUUUGAUAGCGGUCCGUGAGAUCUAUCCAUCGAGGGCGCUAAAUAUUUGUGAAUCGGCUGUAGAACAUUUAUACAUUGAUGUCCAGAUUGGUCAUAAACACAUUGUUUUCGGUGCGGUCUAUAUACCGCCGGGAUCGGAUACGAUGACUUACGAGUCGCAUUGCUCGGUUGUUGAGGACAUUUGCUCCAAAUCUCGCAAUAUUGAUCUGGUCAUUGCCGGUGACUAUAAUCUUCCACACUUGGUGGUCGGUUCUGACGUUCGGGGAGUUCUAACAUAUGAAAUUAAAGGCCGAUGUAAUAUGUUAAGGCAAGCAAAUACACUGGUAACUCAUUUCAAUGAGUUGCAACUGUACCAACACAACUUUGUUAGCAGUGUGACUGGUAAUACGCUGGAUCUUGUUUUUUCUACCGUUCAAAUGGCCCCGGUGUGUCUGGCCGUCGAAUCAUUGUUAAGCUGCGAUAAGUAUCACCCAGCCCUUGACUUUACGUUGCCGUGUUUAAAAGUGGAACUUGGAUGCGGGCCACGAGUUGUGAGACGGAACUUUAGUCGCGCGAAUUACGUGGCAAUAAAUGAUUAUUUGGGAGGUAUUCACUGGGACGUGGAGCUUGAGGGAUUGAGCGUUGAGAGCGCUGUUGGUUUACUGUACUCGCACCUGGAUUAUGCCGCUUCAUCGUAUGUACCGGUAUGCACGAUUCGUCCAUCUGCCUACCCUAGAUGGUUCACAAGAGAAUCGAUUGCCCUUGUUAAAUCAAAAAGGAGAGCUCACUAUACUUUUAAAAGAACUAAUUUGUUCUCAGACUAUCUGGUGUUUUCAAAUGCCAGAUCACAAUGUAAGGCUCUGUCUGGGGUGGUGUGGAGGGAUUAUGUCGGUAGAACCGAGAACUCCAUCCCGAAUAAUAUCAAUAAUUUCUGGAAUUUUAUAAAUACUAUUACUAAUAAGGGCUCCUCUCCCCCUUAUGUCUAUAGGGAUGGGGUGCAUACGAGUGAUGAGAUAGCUACGGCGAAUCACUUUGCUGACUUUUUCGAGUCUGUGUACAAUAAUAAUAGCAUUACUUGUGGCGCGUCAAAUGGUUCGAUCCUAAUCGACAUGACGGGGCAUGAUGUAGGUGUGAAAACCAAUAGUGAAGUAAUAUCCAUAGAUAUCAGUAUUGGAGAAGUCUUUACACAGAUAAAUAGAAUGAAAUCAAGCUCUAGCCCAGGUAGUGAUGGAAUCCCAUCUAUAUUUAUAAAGUCAUGCUGCUAUAUUUUGUCGAGAAUCCUCUAGAUGAUAUUUAACAAAUCAUUGUCCAGUGGCAUUUUCCCGAGUUUCUGGAAAAAAUGCAUUGUGACGCCUGUUUUUAAAGGUGGUGACAAUGUUGUAACCAAUUUUAGACCUAUUAGCAAGCAGUGCGAUAUAGCCAAGUUGGUUGACUGCAUUGUGGCGUGUAAAAUGUCUUCAUUGAUGAAGAAUAUCAUAGUUAAUGAGCAGCAUGGAUUUAUGGCGGGACGGUCAACGUCGACCAACCUUGUUUUAUAUCAUGACUACAUUACAAAUGCUCUUGACGAUGGAUCACAGGUUGACUCCGUAUAUACAGACUUUAGUAAGGCAUUUGAUAGAGUUGAUCAUGUGAUUCUUUUAAAGAAGUUACGGCUGGUUGGCGUUGAUGGUGUGUUUCUGAAUUGGAUAUCCAGUUUUUUAACAGGUAGGCUGCAGGCGGUGAGAUUCAAUAAUGCGCUGUCGAGGGACGUAGUGGUUACAUCGGGAGUCCCGCAGGGGUCUCAUUUGGGUCCUCUAUUAUUUAACAUUUUUAUUAAUGACAUCAAACAUGUAUUUGAGAACUCAAAUUUUUUACUUUAUGCAGAUGACCUCAAGGUAUAUAGAAGAAUUUCUAACUCUGUAGAUGCAUGGUUACUUCAGUGUGACCUUCUGAGAUUGGAUACUUGGUGUGAGGAUAAUGGCAUGAGGCUUAAUUUAUCUAAGUGUCAUGUUGUUCACUUCAGCCGGAAAACGGAUGGUUAUAGGCAUGAUUACGUUCUGAGUGAAACUACUCUUACCAAGGUUGAUUCCAUCCGUGAUCUGGGUGUGACGUUUUGUAGCGACUUAUCCUUUAAAAAACAUAUAGAAACUAUUACGAACAAUGCGCUUAGAAGGUUGGGCUUUGUCAACCGAGCCUGUAAGUUUUUCAGUAAUGUUGGUACCUUGAGGCUUCUGUAUUGUUCCCUCGUGAGACCUCUGCUCGAAUACGCAUCUAUAGUUUGGGCUCCCUAUCUGGUAUAUCAGUGCGACAUGAUUGAGCGUAUCCAGCACCGCUUUCUCCGCCGGGUCAGUUUUAGGUUGCUUAGACCGAUGAACUUUUUUGACCACGAUUAUGAUUAUUUGCAUCGCGAAUUGGGCUUGUUAUCUUUGAGGGACAGGAGAACUCAGGCGGAUCUGGUGUUUGUGCGGAACAUAAUUAGCGGUCGCAUUGAUUGCCCAGAUUUGCUGGAAUGCAUCGGUCUGCAUGUCCCUGGUAGGACCGUAAGGCGGGCUGAAUUGUUUCAUGUUGAGUCUCUUCGUUCAUCGUGUGGUUACCAUAAGCCAUUAAAUCGUCUCCGUAUUGCUGCGAAUACAUUUUCCCCAUAUAUUGACUUUUUUAUGCUUCUCCUAAUGCGAUUAGAGCUGCUUUUCCCCGUAUUAAGAUUCAAGGUGGGUGAUAACAAUGGUUGUAUUUUUUGUAUUGACCACUAUUGUGGGACUGAAUAUACUGGACUAUCCUUGCAGUGAAUUUACUAAUUAAUGGAAUGUCACUGCCCAUUGAUUUGUACCGCAAUCAAACAACAUCAUGUUUUUUCGUUUUCGUUGUAUCACGUGUCCGUUGGAUUCUAUGUACUCUUCAUCUUCGUCUUUUUUUUCAUUUUCUCUUGUAAUCUACUGUAUACUAGAGGGUUUUUCCCGU